CAGUGAACAUGCUUUUAUUUGCAUUUCUGUGACACUCAAAAAUUAUGGAGACAUAUGUUGGGUAUGUUCCCUUCCAUCUCGACGGGACCUUUCGGAGAAGUGUGUUGCCCACUCUGCGUUGGGUUGCAAUAGCAUGAGGGAGACAAUUUUUGAUGAACAAAAUAGAAGAUCAUACAUGUGUGGAUUCGGAUUGCAAAUGCAGUAUGAAACAAUUGCAGCUGCUUUACAAUUUAAAAACAAAUGGUCGUACCUUCAAGGCAAGGCUCAUAACUGCCUUAUGUAUGUAAGGUCUUAUAAGUCAAAGGUAGAUUACAAAUCUAAGGGAGAAUGGAAAAGGCUUCGUCCAAUGAUAUUGGAAAGAAUAAAACAACGUGCAAAGUAUUACCCAAUUCCAUAUAUGGUUCCUAUUGCUCAUGAGGUCUUAAAAGCAAGAGCUGUCCUUAUUGAGGGAGUAUCCAAGCUUUUGAAAUUAAUACCUGUAAAAGCAUGCCGGACAAUCAGGUGCAAUUUUUUUGGAUUUGGAAAAUCAGCGAUCUCCUCCAUCAGUGCACACUGGCAUUGUUCGGAAGUAUUUGUUGGCCACACGGGACAUCAUAUUCUGACAUGUCGAGGUCCUAAGCAUGGAGCCAGGAAUUUGAUGCAUGUGUGGAUGGAAGGAAAUAUCGAUGAUAUAGUUGUUCCAUUAGAAGCCUUUCAUCUCUAUGAUAUGUUUCAAGAUGUAAUAAAGCAUGACAAUCGGUUUGACUUUGAUAGAGUUCCUGCUAUUAUGGAGCUUUGCAUUCAAGCAGGAGUUAACCUUCCUGAACAUCCAACAAAAAGAAUCAGUCACUUCCAUAACAUGGAUUGUGGAAGAAAUUUUCAAUCAUCAGAUCACCUAUUGGAAGAUGUAAGUGAAGCUUCAGUAAACGCAAAGCUAGUAGAAUCCUCCUCUUUUCCAGAGGAGCUUGGUGCUUUGGCCGAAAAGACACUGCAGGCUUGGGAGACAAUGAGGUUGGGGACUAAGAAACUCAUGUUUGUUUAUCCUGUGAAAGUUUGCAAAUAUUGCCCUGAAGUGCAUGUUGGUCCGUCUGGACAUAAAGCUAGGCUGUGUGGGAUAUUUAAAUAUGAGUCUUACAGAAGGCAUCAUAUGUGGAAAACUGCAGAUUUAGAUGAUUUCAUACCACCAAGGUAUGUUUGGCAUAAACACGAACAGGAUCCUGUUCCACUUUUAGAUGAAGGAAGAGGAUUCUAUGGUCAUGCACCUGCAGUUGUGGAGAUGUGUGUGCAAGCUGGGGCAGUGAUACCUCGCAAAUAUCACCGCCAAAUGAAAAUAAAUGAAAUUAUUGAGGGCUUACCUUUGUCCUUCUUGGGCAUAUUCUGGUGUCUGGGGCUUCCCAGUCUCUGGUCCAGACGAAAAGAGAGAUGUAAUGCAUUCACCUCGGGGAAAUCACAGAAGCUACAGAUUUAAGGAAAUGAUGUCAUCAUUCAGAUCUGUUUUUAAUCUAAGGAUAAUCUAAAUGAUUUGCACUAUUUAUUCACUUGCGAAAUAGCUUUUGGCCAUGAAAAACAUUCACGCAAAUCACUUGGAGCGUGCCAUAUCUGAAUAUUGAUACAAGAUGUCGUUCAAUUCAAGGGUAAGAAAUGUUAAAUGCUAGAUUCUCAUGCCAUUCCAGGGCAACUAAAGGCUUUUGAUCAUUUAUCCAGUUAUUGCUAUUCAGGAGUUGACUAAAUGCCUUCAUAUUGGAAAUCAUUGUGAAUUCAUGUGACCAAUGAAGGUGCGGUGGUGUAGCUUGGAUGGUAUGAUAGUAGAUGUCUAUGAUAGGAGCUUAAAUUAUACUAGCUUUGUGAUCCCAAAUUUUUCUUAGUAUUUUGUACAUUAUAUGUGUUUUUAAAAAAAAUGAAUGUCUAAUAUCAAUUUUGUACAUUUCUCAUUGUAAAUGACUUGCUCUAAUUGUCUCUAGAGAUAUAAUGUUUGAGAGUGCAAUAGUAAUCAUUUAAAAUCUUGAUGAAUAAAGAAAUAAUGUAGGAGUUCUCAAGAACUUUACAUAUCUAUUCACUUAUCUUUUAAA